AUGGUGGAAGAUUCUUCAUUUUCGGCAUGCUUGCUCGUAAUGGAUGACAAUCACUACUUAAUCGAAUGGCUGGCAUUCCACUACCAUACGCUUCCUCUUCGGCACUUGGUGAUUGCUGUGGACCCAAGAUCCAAAACAACUCCUGAUUUAGUGCUAGAUCGAUGGAAAGAGUUGAUGACUAUUGUCCGCUGGUCAGAUGGUAACUUUCUCCCAAAAGAAUGGCAGCGUCGAAGUUUAUCUCAAGGUGACGCAAAAGCCAAAUUCAUUCUCCAUCGCGAGAGACAGAGACACUUCUAUCCACGUUGUUUUCAGCACCUUAAGCGAGCAAAUCGAAGCUGGACGGCUGUCGUUGAUAUUGACGAAUUUGUGAUUGCAAACAGGCAUUUUGUGAACAUCAGCAAAUUUGAAAAGCAACGUUUGCUGUCAAGCUCGCUGCUUGAAGGUAUCCACCAAAUGCCUGAGUACAACAAUUGUGCAUGUAUCACAAUGCCUCGGGUUCGUUUUGGAAACUACCUUGAGUCCAAUGUGAUGAAGAAGACCUUUUCGCCGGCAGGAUUCAAUGACAUGGAUCUGUUGACGUUACGCUGGAGGUGGAGAGCAUCUCUAGAUUCACGAAAGGACAAUCGAAAUCCAAAAAGCCUUAUUGACGUGUCCAAAAUCGAAGAAUCAAGUUUUUCUCGGCUAAACUCGGAUGCACAUUUACCAGUCCGCAGCGAAUGCAAUAGACGUGAUCUGUACAAGAGAAACUCUGACUCCCCAUUCUGUGUUCACCAUUAUGUUGGGACAAAGGAGCAAUGGGAGUUUCGCCGGGAUGCAAGGGACGGAAUGAAGCAAAGAUCUGAAAGUCGCUUCCUUGAAUAUAGACAAUUGAAAAGCGCUGUUGACGAGAGUGCCUGUUUCUGGUUGAACGAUUUUUUCCACAAAUUUGGACCGGCAGGAACACAAAGGUUGCUUGAAGGUGUCGGCAAUACUACUUUCAGCUGA